GAAUUAGUUUGACGAGUCGGAAGGCAGCAGCACAAGUAGCGGCGACGGCAGCAGCAGCAGCAGCACGCACGUAUAGACGCAUAGAGGUGUACGCAUCAUGCCGUGUCAGUGUCGAUAUUCAUCGCGCUACUUAUCGUUAAUAUCGCGUUUGUCCGUCAUUUAUCGUGAACGUUAUUUUAUCGUUUCCAUAAUAUUCGUCAAGAAAAUAUAAUAAUGCGGUAUAGUGCGAUAUUAAAAUGUUUAAUUUCGUGGGAAAUGGGAACUUUGGCGAAGAGGGAAGAAGCUACCAGUAGUAGCAAACUAUUCGUCUUCGCGUCCUAUCGUUAAAAAAAAAAGAGAAAAGCGAGAGAGAAAAAAGAAUCAAAGAGAGAGAGAGAGAGAGAGAGAGGAGAAAGAGUACAGGUUCUCAAGAAGUUAAAUAUAUAAAAAAAAAGGAUGUAUCAUGUGUUGCGUGAUACGUUGGAACGUUGACACGUUCUAAAUCAAAAAAAGAAAAUAGAAGAAAAUACGAAGAAAAGAGAGAAAAAGACAGAAAGGAGAGAGUUAGUGAGAGAGAGAGAGAGCGAGUGAGAGAAAUAACAGGAAGAAAACCGAAGUAAAGUUUGCGCCGAGCGAAUGUUUUUCGACUGACAGAGACCGGAGAGACAAUUGUAUCGUACAUCAAGAAAACAGUAAAAAGAAAAAAUAAAGAGGGUUAGACAAAUCGAAAUAAAAAAAAGAACAAAAAAGUCAAGGUACAUUUAAUUGAAAGGUAAAAGCGCAAACACAUAAGAAGUGGAGAAACAAGUGAAUAUCCAAAAGUUUAGGGGUGCCGUGAACGAGAGCGCGAAUUCGAGUCGCUUCCCCUCCUCCGCGUUAGGGGGAGGGUGGCGGGGUUGGUUCAUAACUCGUACCGAACGAGUGAAAGAAAGAGACACGAAUAGAUAGAGUGAAAGAGUGAAAGAGAGAGAGAGAGAGAUCGCAAAAGGCAACGUCAAGAUGUCGUCGUCAGGGAAUAGCAGCCGCGGUCGUGCAGUUUACAUCGGCUCAAUAUUUCAAAAGUUGCAGGGUCGUUUCACGGACGCUAUGACGCCGCCUAAACUAUCCACAGAUAAGCGUAUGUUGGACAAGACCUGGAAACUCAUGGACAAGGUUGUUAAACUUUGUCAACAUCAACGUAUGAAUUUAAAAAAUUCGCCCCCUUUUAUCUUGGACAUAUUGCCGGACACCUAUCAACGUUUGAAGUUGAUUUAUAGCAAGUACGAUGACAGGAUGCAGAUAUUACACAGCAACGAACACUUUUGCGUCUUCAUUAACAAUCUCAUGCGCAAGUGCAAACAAGCGAUCAAAUUAUUCAAAGAGGGUAAAGAAAAGAUGUUCGACGAGUCGUCGCAUUAUAGAAGAAAUCUUACGAAAUUGAGCUUGGUCUUCAGUCACAUGUUGUCCGAACUCAAGGCCAUCUUCCCGAACGGGGUGUUCGCCGGCGAUCAAUUUCGCAUAACCAAAUCGGACGCCGCGGAAUUUUGGAGGGAACGCUUCGGUAACAGUACAUUGGUCCCAUGGAAGGUAUUUAGACACGAAUUAAAUCAAGUUCAUCAGAUAAGUUCUGGAUUGCAAGCAAUGGCAUUGAAAUCCACGAUAGAUCUCACGUGCAACGAUUACAUUUCUAAUUUCGAAUUCGACGUGUUUACGAGAUUAUUUCAACCAUGGUCGACAUUAUUGCGUAAUUGGAAAAUAUUGGCUGUGGCGCAUCCCGGUUACGUUGCCUUUCUCACGUACGACGAAGUAAAAGCACGAUUGCAAAAAUAUUGUAUCGCCAAACCUGGAAGUUACGUAUUUCGAUUAAGUUGCACGAGAUUAGGUCAAUGGGCAAUCGGAUAUGUCACAUCGGACGGAGAUAUUCUUCAAACAAUACCGCACAAUAAAAGUCUUUGUCAAGCACUUUUAGACGGUUAUCGGGAAGGCUUUUAUUUAUUUCCCGACGGUCGUAACAUUAAUCCGGAUUUAACGUGGGCGGUACAACCAACACCGGAAGAACACAUUAAAGUUACGGCAGAACAAUAUGAACUGUAUUGCGAAAUGGGUAGUACAUUCCAAUUGUGUAAGAUUUGUGCGGAACAUGAUAAGGAUGUUAGGAUAGAACCUUGUGGACAUCUACUUUGUACACCAUGUCUCACAGCUUGGCAGGUAGAUUCGGAAGGGCAAGGUUGCCCAUUUUGUCGAGCAGAAAUCAAAGGUACCGAACAAAUCGUAGUGGACCCAUUCGAUCCUCGAAGAACACAUCGACCUGGAACCCUCACAUCAUCAUCAUCAUCAUCAAACAGUUCAUCAACCCCCACGCGGGAUCUCGACCCCGACACCGAGGAUAUAAUGGAGCUAAGGAACGGACUUAUUUGCGACGACUCGGAUGACGAAGAUGAUAGUAGUCCAACAAAUUCACCGAUACCACCUCGAAGAAUCGUACCAAGUCCACCGUUACCUCCAAGACGUCCAUCGCCAUCACCAACGCCGAGUAAUCAUCUUCGAAAUGGUCGUUCGCAUUUGGUUGUUCCGAAAGAAAACGCACCACCUCCGCCAUCCUCUGUCACCGUCAUUCUAAGUUCAACUGCUGAUAGUCAACACAAUAAAAUUAAUAACGAGGUGAAGUACGAUAUGCUGCACAGAGCUUCCUCGCCAUCGCAAAUGCCACCUGUACCACCUGCGGUACCACCCACAGUAGUUCCACCGAUAUUACCGGAGAAAGGAAAUCCAACAGCAACUACAACAACAACACCUACUACAACUACAACUUUAGCAAAUGUAAACAAUGUUGUACCACCGGUACCACCACCCUUAUCCGCCCCGAGGCCACCUAAAGGAAGCAAGGAAACUUCGAAACAAGAUCACCAAUACGAAAAUACGAUCGUCAUACCCGGUACAAGGCAACACGUUGUGAAAAAUAUCAAUCUCGAAGUAAACCGGGCACGUUUGACUGCUCUCAUGAAGGCCAGGGAUGAUAUUAAUGGUCCAACGAGCAAACCGGAAGCUGCUGCUUACGAAAACGUCAAUAUUGAACAUAUCACCAGGCUCACCUCGCUUGGUUUUGCACAGGACGCUGUGAUAAGGGCUUUGGGUAUCACAAGGAACGAUUUUGAAAUGGCUUGCGACAUUUUGCACGAAUUCGCGACGAAAUCUUGACCCGGCUCGACCACUGCUGGAUCAUGACCAGUUUUACCCAUAAGACAUUAUUUUUGACGUGGAAAACGUUAUUCUUCGAUCGUGAUAUAAGAUAUUUAGAGACUUCUGUGGUGUUAGGAAAGAAUCCUUUAGCCAAUUUAACUUCCUAUCUAUCUUAUCAAAUAUAACUAUCUCCCUGUAAUUUUUUUUUUUUUCAUAUAAUUUAGCAUCACACAAUGCUAAAAAUAUAAUUGUAUGAGAUAACUAACGAUGAAGAUUGCAUGAUCGUGAUGGAAUAACAUAAAUGAAAAAGAAAAGAGUGAAGAAACGGUGAUAUUCGUUGAAGUAUAUUAUCUAAUAAAAAAAUAAAUUAUUUAUAAUAAUUAAUUAUAUAUAUAUAUAACAAAAUCACUCUAACGAUGUAUAAUCUUUAUUGUUAGUUAUGAUAAACGUUAUCAGAGCACGAAACUACGUACGCAUCUCCCAUUUGGAAAUACCAUGGUAUUUAAAGGAAGAUUGGUAGAUUUUGUGCGAUAAUUUGGGACUGACGAAUUCAAGAGAAAAAAAUAA